AUGACGCCGCAACUGUGCAGUACAUUCUGCAGCGACAACAGCCACGGAAUCUCGGGCGUCGAAUACGGGCGGGAAUGCUACUGCUCGUCGUCGGUGGCGGUGCUGGCAUCCACGCCCUUCAACGCGACGGGCUGCACGAUGCCGUGCGCGGGCUCAUCGUCCCAGACGUGCGGCGGCCGCAGCCGGCUGAACGUGUACCUUGACCCGGUCGUCCCGCUGCCGUCGACGCGCGCCGCGAUCGGGGAGUACGUCUAUCUCGGCUGCUAUACGGAUCCAUCGGCGGGUCAGCGCGUGUUGGCGCGGUAUAGCGUUGCCAGUGCCGCGGGCAUGAGUCAGGGGUUCUGCGUCGGGGUGUGUCGCGACAAAGGGUGGGCGUUUGCGGGUGUCGAGUAUGGGAGGGAGUGUUAUUGUGGGGACAAGUUGAAUCUCGUAGCCGAUGGUGGCAAGGGUGAGCUGGCCAAGAGCGAGGCUGAGUGUGAUAUGGUCUGCUCUGGCGAGAGGGCCGAGCUCUGUGGUGGUGCCAGUCGGAUUGGUGUCUGGGGUGUUGCUGCACAGAACUGA